CGAGUAAAAUCCAAUAUGGCGGCGGCACAGAGGCUAAAGUGCGAUUUUACUCCUUAAACUACACACGUUUUUGUAAAAAGCUUUGUUUAUAAGUAGAAAAGUUCAGUUCUGUGUCGAGAUGUGGUUUCCAGUUCAGACCGUGUGUUUAAGAAGUCGGACAGUGUGUAAAAGAGGCUCCGUCGGUGCUUUUCUGAGGUGUUUAAGGCACCUGGAUGCUAAUGUUUCCCCCUUCAGUCAUUCAGCUGGACGCUGCUCGCAGACCUGCCAGGCUCUUGUUUACAGAAAGCAUGGAGACCCUUCACAAGUCGUUCAGUUGGAGGAUGUACCUCUGCCCUCAACAGGUGCAAAGGAUGUGCUGGUUAAACUGCUAGCAGCGCCAGUAAACCCUUCUGAUAUAAAUAUGAUUCAAGGUACUUAUGCUAUUCUCCCCGACCUCCCAGCUGUUGGUGGUAAUGAGGGUGUAGCCCAGGUCAUAGAGGUGGGCAGCCAAGUUAAGUCUCUCAGAAGAGGAGACUGGGUCAUCCCGAGGGAUGCUGGUCUGGGGACAUGGAGGACCAUGGCAGUGUUAGCAGAAGAUGAUGUCAUCUCGCUGCCAAAUGACAUUCCCCUCCUCGCUGCUGCCACUCUGGGCGUGAAUCCCUGCACUGCCCUCAGGAUGCUCUCUGACUUUGAAGAUCUCAAGUCGGGGGACUCUGUGAUCCAGAAUGCAGCUAACAGUGGAGUUGGACAGGCUGUUAUACAGAUUGCUGCUGCAAGAGGAAUAAACACUAUAAAUGUUAUCCGAGACAGGUCAGAUUUCACGCAGCUCAGUGAGCGGCUGGAGGCCAUGGGAGCCACACAUGUGAUCAAAGAAGAAACCCUAAGGCAGCCUGAGAUGAAGGAAUUGUUCAAGACGUGUUCAAAACCUAAACUGGCUUUAAAUGGAGUCGGAGGCAAAAGUGCAACAGAACUGCUUCGUCAUCUGCAAGUUGGAGGGUCUAUGGUGACAUAUGGAGGCAUGUCCAAACAGCCAGUCACAGUUCCUGUGAGCGCACUUAUUUUUAAGAAUGUGAAAGUUUUGGGCUUUUGGGUCACACAGUGGAAGAGAGAUCACUCUCAUGAUGGGAGAGCCUUCCGAGCCAUGGUGGAUGAACUGUGCUCCCUGAUCCAGCGAGGGAAGCUCACAGCUCCCGCCUGCACCGAGGUGCACCUCCGAGACUAUCGGUCGGCUCUGGAAGCGGCCAUGCUGCCUUUUGCUUCCAGUAAACAGGUUCUGAUCAUGUGAUCGAUUUACCAUCAUGACAGCUGUGUCUGAACUGACGUGACCACAGGCGUGCCACAAUAGUUCUGCACAAACACACUCAAUAAACAUGUCCUGUCCUCAG